AUGGUCGAUCAUCAAACAAUUCACAGUAGAGAGAAACCUUAUGAAUGUAAUUAUUGUGGAAAGGCCUUCCGAUCAAGCUCAUACCUUAUUCAACAUCAGAGAACUCAUACUGGGGAGAAACCUUAUGAGUGCAGUGAUUGUGGAAAAACUUUUCGCUGGAGCUCACAGUUUACUCAACAUCAGAGACUGCAUAGUGGAGUGAAACUUUAUAAAUGCAAUGAUUGUGGGAAGGUAUUCCCGAAUAGGACAUACCUUACUGAACAUCAGAGAAUUCAUACUGGAGAGAAGCCUUUUGAGUGUAAUGAUUGUGGAAGAACCUUCCGCUGGAGUUCACAGUUUACUCAACAUCAAAGACUGCACACUGGAGUGAAACUUUUUAAAUGUAAUGAUUGUGGGAAGAGAACUCAUACUGGAGAGAAACCUUAUAAAUGUAACAAUUGUGAAAGGGCUUUCCGUAGCAAAUUACAUCUUACUCGACAUCAGCGACUUCAUACUGGGGAGAAACCUUAUGCAUGUCAUGAAUGUGGUGAAUCCUUCCGAUGGAGCUCACAGUUGACUGUACAUCGGAAAAUUCAUACUGGAGAUGCUCCUUACAAAUGUGAUGAUUGUGGAAAAGUCUUCUGCUGGAGCUCACAGUUUAUUGAACACCAAAGAAUCCAUACUGGAGAAAAACCCUACAAAUGUAAUGAUUGUGGAAAGGCAUGCGCACAGACCUCAGACCUCCGAUUUCAUUUCCGGAAUCUGGCCCAAGACCCUAAUUCCGUCAAAGUAGGGCGGGACACUCGAAAGCAGUUGUCACGGAAACGGUAA